AUGAACAAGUUGGCCUACAUCCACCAGCCCAGUGACAUCACCAGUUACACCAGGACAGCAGAUAACUCUGGUGCCUUCAUUGACAACAGUUACAUCCAGGGGAACCUGGUCCCCCAACACACAGCCUUCAUUGACAACAGUUACAUCCAGGGGAACCUGGUCACCCAACACACAGCCUUCAUUGACAACAGUUACAUCCAGGGGAACCUGGUCCCCCAACACACAGCCUUCAUUGAUUGUGUUGCAGUUACAUCCAGGGGAACCUGUGUGAUGGUUCUCCUUCAGUUCCCCAGGCUGCCCCUGCUCCUCCUCCCCCUCCUCCUCCCCCUGUCCUGUGAUGCCUGUCCAUCAGGAUGUCACUGCUACAGCCUGACUGUAGAGUGUGGAUCUCUAGGACUCAGAGAGAUCCCACAGAGAGUUCCUGACACAACACAGACUGUAUUCCUGCAGGAUAAUGCUAUUGUCCACAUCCGUCGCUUGGACCUGUCAGGGCUGGACCGGCUGCUUUACCUCUAUCUGCAGAACAACAGCAUCUCAGCCUUGGAGCCUGGGGCUUUCCUGGCUCAGGGCCUGCUGAUAGAGUUAGCCCUCAAUGGGAACCUCAUCCACCUGCUAACCCCCGACACCUUCACCGGCCUGGUACACCUCCGCAUUCUCUACCUGGCAGCCAAUCAGAUCACACGGCUGCAUGAUCACACCUUUACUGGGCUGCAGAGUCUACAGGAGCUACACCUCCAGGAGAACAGUAUAGAGGUGCUGGGUGACCAAGCUCUGGCUGGACUCUCCUCCCUGGCUCUCCUGGACCUCAGCAGGAACCAGCUCCACACCCUCGGACCAGCCUCCCUACAGCCCCUCGUCAGCCUGCAGGUCCUCAGAGUCACAGAGAACCCGUGGCGGUGUGACUGUGCGCUCCAGUGGCUGAGGUCGUGGAUCGAUGCUGAGGGUCAGAGGUUUCUGAGCUGGUCAGAGCGUCGUCUGCUGUGUGCCGAACCCCCCCGCCUGGCCUACCUCAGUCUGCUGGAGGUGGCAGCUAACAGCCUGGUGUGUAUCCCUCCUGUGUUACACCUGGAGCCCAGCCAUCUCACCGUGCAGCUGGGAGAGAGUCUCAGAGUGGCCUGUCAGGCCUCUGGAUAUCCCCGGCCCCUGGUCACCUGGAGAAAGGUCUCAAUGGGCAGGGCACUGCUAGGGCCCAGAGGACUGCUGCAGGAGCUGGGAGGAGAGGGGGACAUGAGGAGACAGGAGCUGGGAGGAGAGGGGGUGGACAUGAGGAGACAGGAAAGAGGAGGAGGGGUAGCAAGGGAUGUACGGGGGCCAGUUGGUGUGGCGACAGAGGAGGAAGUGGAGGGGGGAGAGAGGGAGAGCUUCGACCCAGACACGGGAAGUGGAAUGCUGUACCUAAGCAACGUGACAGUGGCUCACGCCGGGCACUACGUGUGCGAGGCCUUGAACCCUGGGGGCGUGGCCCAUAUGACCUUUCACCUCGCCAUCAACAUGACAUCAUCAACCGCACUCUGGCCUCGGGUGCACUCCGCCUCGUCGUCCCUCUACCUGGGGGAGGUGGUCGGGGUCAGCCAAGAGCCCCUGUACGAGGUGGGCAGUAUGGACUUCUCGGCUCUGGGCCCGGCCACUCAGACAGUCAUCGCAGUGAGCAUCUCUCUGCUGGUUCUGAUUGUUCUGCUUCUACUGCUUAUGAUCUACAGUCGCCAGCAGCAACACAAACAGCCAUUCUGCAGCAGUAGUAGAAGCAGCAGUAAAGAAGAGAGGAUCCUGUACGUUAAUAACUACUCAGAUGGCCCCACCACCUUCUCUCAGCUGGAAGAGUACCGUGACGACGCUGGACACGAGAGGUACAUCCUCAACUGCUCCCGUCCCGGCUCCACCCUGCCAACACAUGCAGGGCUCCUAGCCAAUCAGCAGGGGGCGCUGGUACUACAGGAAGGUAUUCAUGCCCAGGGAAUCAAUGAAUGA